AUGCCUUCGAUAUCCUCUGCCUCCCUCGCCGUCGCCAUUCUGGUGGCCGGCUACCUCAGCGCACUCUGCACGACGCCACCAAAUCCCAACCCGGAUAAAUCAAAACUCUACAAAUCCGACCGCGCGGGGAUCCUGGCCGGCACUUUCCCAUGGGUCGUCAAGCAUGUACAAAUCGUCGUCUUCGCCUACCACGCUCUCGUUACCCUCCUCUAUACUCCCGAGAACAAUGCCCAGCUGAACUCCAUCUGCCCACACCCCGAGAACCUUCCUCCCGCCCUCUUUACCUGGAACGAGCGCAUGUAUAAGGUCCUAUUUGUCAUCUUCCUAGGCGCCUUCAUCCGCCUCUCCGCAUACGGGGGUCUCGGCCGCAACUUCACCUUCCACCUCUCAAACCCAGACCACCUCGUCACAGACGGGGUGUACAAAUACCUGCAACACCCCAGCUAUACCGGCGCGGCACUAGUAACCUUCGGCAUGGCAGGCUUGCUAACGCGGUGGGACACAGCGGCCGGGGCAUGCUGGAUGCAGCCGUCAACGCUGGCAAUGUUAAACGGAUACGGAUGGUUGUUCACUGCUGCUUGGGGGGUUUUCUUGUUCAGUGUGUUGGGGGUUCGGGUGAGGGAUGAGGAGACUAUGUUGCAUGAGCAGUUUGGAAAGGACUGGGAGGAAUGGCAUGCCAGGACCAAGAGCCGGCAAAACGAUCAACGGGGCUACAACCCCAUACAUUCUCUCCUCUCCUCCCCGACGAGCCUCCUCAGUUCUCCUUUCCUGCGAACCAAAAUCGACUUGACAGAGCCAUGGACUGCAGUGAGUGGAGCCGAAGUCAUGGACAACGUCGAUCCCCCCGGACCGAGUGCAGAAUUCGUGAGCGUGCAUCGCCGUCGGUUGAUUACCAAAAUCCUCAAUGCAAUACACAGGGAUGGAGAAUCCGAAGGUCAUGGCCGCGGAAAGUACCAGUUCCCUUCGGCCACCUGGUUCUCUCUGUGGCUCUCCGACAUGGAUCGUCUGGAGGAGAUUGCAACCGCGUUUGACCAGAACCCAGGACGAGCCUCAGGUCUUUACACAAUGACCGAGCCAUUCCGGCUGGUGACCUUGUGGGUUCCACACUCCGGAAUCACACCCAAACUCCCUACUAUCCGACCGCCAUCCCGUCCAACUUCAGCUGUUGCUAACCCUACCACGCCCAGUACGCCCACCAUCAACAGAACCACCCAGCUCACACUAGGGGCAGUGGGGACGCCGGUUGAGUCUUCACCAGCGAGACCCUCGCCAACAGAUCCGUCUCCCACUGUAGUGCAACUCUCCCGCAAACGUCAAAGAAUUGAUUUCACCCGCGAACUCCGACACCGCUUCCGACUGCGACUGAGAUCCCAUCUUUACCAAAACUACCGUGACUGGGUGUGCGGCAUCACGAAGAGCAGCGACCCCCUGCAAGCCGCCCACAUCUGUGCUGUAUCUCUACACUAA